GGGCCAGACGUUGAUCGAUGGCAACCCUGACCGGCCCUACGUACCGGCGCCCGACGUACCCUGCUUGUGUGCGUUGUCCCUACCUACCGAGAUUGUGCGUCAAGCCGAGUUUGUGAAGUAGGCGGGGGCGUCCUGACACCACCGGGUGAAGCUAGCGUUUGCACGGGACGCACGGAGAGCGACGCACGCACGCGUAUGGAUGGAGGUAGGCUGAUGUCGCAAUGCGCCGCAGUGCAUGUCGCUCGGCAGGCAAAACAUUAUCAAUGACUGACGCAUGGGUGGGCACCACAUACUCUGCUGCUGUUGGUGCUACGGAUGCCCGGAUUGCUGUUAAUUGGCCGCCGAUCUAUCUUUGUGGAUGACUGGCUUGACUGGCGCACCGGCGAGAAGUGGCGACGCACUCUGAUGAUGCUGUUUCUCAUGCCCCCACAACGUGCGCUACAUAAUAGACGGCAUACCCUACCUCACAACGGAGGAUUAUUCCAAGUAGCUUGGUGAACUACGUGUGUGUGCGCGUGUGCGCGUGUGCGUGUGCGUGUGCUCAUAUGCCACGCAACUGGGUACUUUCGGGAAGCUUGUGUGGCGGCUUAGCCAGCUGGUGCCUGCUGCUACUGCUGGUACAUACAGCUGGCAGGGAAGGUUUGGCUUGCGCGCUGGCUAGCUGGCGGGCUGGCUGGUGGGACAACGCAUGUGAGCAAAGCAGGCACAUCUCGCCUUGCUAUACCGGACGCGUUUUUGUGUAUGCGCUUGGGCACCUCCAUCGGACCUUCCUGCUGCCUGUUGCAGUUGCGGGCGGGAAGCUUCAGACGUGGCGUGAGCGUGGCACGAAUUCGCAUUUGCGCUUACUUCCUACACUAACACUUUAAAAAUUAUGGUCUGUCAUGACGCCCACCGCAGACACGCCACCGAAGGCUGUCGUUGCUAGCUGUCGCACGUUGUGAAUGAAUGUCUGGGCAUGUCUGGCGAAUGCUGCGAGGCCAGCGAAUGAGGAGAUUUAAUCGGUGGUGUCAAGUAAGGCGAGACCCAAGGCAUGCGUAUGAGCCUAAGCUAAGCUACGCAUCGCGCAAAGCUACUCAUCAUCACGCUUACAUACAUACAUGGAACAUGUAUAUAUGUGUGCGUGGUUCGUACUGCUGGUGCGCUGGGCGGGCGUUGGAGCGAUGUGGCGGAGAGCGGGCGCUGCACAUACUUGAUGCAUGCAUGUCGCCAACUGCCGCUGACUGCUGCUGCCGCUUUGUCUGAAUCUGCACGGGCUGUGGAUGGGGCCUGCCUAAUUAGCGCAGACCCGCAAGGAUGCAUGCCGGGAGAUAAGAACGUGUGGCGGCGGGGUACGCACAUGCGCAAGAACAAGUAAGGCGCCUUUAUUAGAUUUCACUGAAAACUUGAUUGGUGGCGUCACAUAGCUGCAAUCGCCUGUCACUCCUUCUGAAGCGCGCUAGGCGUUGGCUUGCAGCGCGCACGCACGUGGAUUGGCAGACAGGACGCGAUGAUGAUGGGUUACAGGAUCGGAAGUGAGAGUUCCUAAACCCGUCACGAAUGGGCGGGCCGGGUCAUAUGUACGUGUUUCUGCCGGUAUGCAGCUGCUUGCUUGGAUGGAGUGCGGCAAUCCCUGUUAACGAACGUGGGAGUAACUCGCGGUUGAUGCAUGUGGGCCGUACCGUUGCGGCCUGACCCAUGGAUGGGCGGGUACAUAUGUAGGGGAGGCAGUGCUUAGCAGAUGGAUGUUGUGGUGAUGUCGGUUGGGUGGCUCCUUGGGGCUUCGCGUGAGUGUAGUGCGUGUGCUGGAGGCAACGGGAGGUGGUCGCGGUGGUUUGACCGGGCUAUGCCCGGGAGAUGAGGUACUUUCGAGACUUGUGGGAAACGCAGGCAUGCACCAACGGGGCGUGGACGCAGCCCACUUCUCCCUUGAUAGGGAGAGCCACCAUUCUUGUCCUCGAGACCGGUACAAACGAUGCCAAUGGAACACACGCGCAAACCCAGUACUUGUAUUUUGGGAGAGAGAACCAACCAACACACGCAAAUUCAGUACUUGUAUUUGGAAGAGAGAGUCAUAAUUACCAUUGUGGCAUGAUUGUAGUUUAUUGUGGCACCUGUGGAGCGUGGAGGAGGCUGGUGGUUUUGUUUGGUCGGCCUUUGGGCGGCCCUCUCUUUGCUUCGGCGGCCCUUGGGCGACUGCAUGCAGCGGUGACAGGAUGCAGGCCAUGUGAAUAAAUACGGCGGGUGCUCCGUUUCUUGUCUAUCUCUUCCAUGUCCUGCGGCUACAUACUAUGCGCAAGCAGGCCGUUGCAAGCAGCAGGUCGGUCCGCAUGCCAAUCCACAUACGCGGGUUCACGCACGUACGUGUGAUUGCAUUGUGUAAAUAGGCUGAACUUGCGUUGCGGGGUUGGACGUAAGCCGCUGCCCCGGCGGGCCCUCGCUCGGGCCCUGCUGCAUUACGGUGGGUACUACCGUACUGCCACGCUCAAUUGGUGACACCAAAUUGGUGAAAAUCACCAAUUUGGUAGCAGGGAACAAUGUCGACUAGGAUUUGCCAGAGCCCGUCACCAAUUCCUGUGCACUCUGAAUCCAAGUCGGGCGAAAACACGCAAAGAGGCUGCUUUGGCUAGUGACGCUAUUCCUAUACUAAGCAAUAGUGUACGCACAAUGCUCAGUGUAGCCCCCAAAGGCCCUAAGCAGCUUAAGCUGUGGGACAUUGGCUGGAUAGCGCCUGACUGCGCCUGCAAGCGCGGGGCUUGUGUUGCAUACCGUACGGUACGGUGCUGCUGGGUGCGUGGUUGUGAAGCUGAGCAGCAGAAGUACUGUGGGACGUUGGCUGGAGAGCGCCGGGGCUUGUGUUGCAGCUGCCGGGGCCGGAGACGCUGGGUACGAUUCGGGGGGUCCCAUCACCAAUUCUGUGACACGGGUGUAAUUCGGCCUGGCU